AUGCCAAAUUAUCGUAAAAAUUCUUAUUUGAAAGACAGUAGUACAUCUCCAAUUAAGAUAAUGUCAUUUAUAUUACCUAACGGAAAUUAUCCGCCUGGCAUAUUGCCAAUAUCUGAUUUAUCAAAAGUUGCUUCAUCAAAUAAUAGUAAUACUAAUACUAAAAUGAAACAUUGUUCAUCAAGUCCUACGAUACGUAAUCAGGCAAAUCCAAUGACAAUUAAUAAUAACAAAACAUCGUCUUAUCAUUAUACAAAUUAUUAUAAUAAUAAUCAUUAUUUAUCAACAUCUUAUCCAUCUUCUUCUUCUAUUAUCCGUCACCAGCAAACACGUUCUCAUCUUCAGAAAGUACCAACAUCACGUACAUCACCAACAACUACCAUUGUCUCACGUUCAUUACCAGCUGUACCAGUGUUUUAUUCACCAAAACGUGGUGAUAAUACAUAUCAAGAACCACCUUUGGAUGUUAAAGAUUUACCAAAGCCACCUGUUUCAUGGUAUUUAAGUGAUUCAGCUACAUCAUCUGAUAAUGAAGAAAAUACAAAUAAUAAUAAUUUUGAUACUGUAUCAACUGAUAAUGCUUUAUCUAUGAGUCCAUUGAGAAUGUCUGAUGAGAAUGAAAUUAAGAAAACAGAUGACGAAGAAGAAGAUCGACAAGAAAGUUUAAGCUCGUCAACUUCUACAUUAAUAGCUUCAGACAAUGAUAAUUUCUCACGCACUACAAAGUCAACACGUUGGUUAUUUCCAAAAAGUUAUUAUUCAAAACCAACCAGUCAUUAUCAACGUCCACGUCCAUCAUCAUACAAUUAUUUUAAAAACAAUUAUUAUAAUCAUGAACAACAUCAGCAAUAUUACUAUAAACAGCAGAGAUAUGCCUACAAUUCAGGAGGAGUUGGUUGUAUAACUGUUAAAGGGUAA